UUGGAAGCUAUGGCUGCUGUUGACACUCCCGUCCAGGAUCUCUGCGAGGAAGCCACUUGUCCGAUCUGCCUGGAGUAUUUCAAGGACCCAGUGAUCGUUAUAGAGUGUGGGCACAAUUUCUGCCGAGCCUGCCUGAGGCAGUGCUGGGGGGAGAAGGACACAGAGGCCUCCUGCCCUCAGUGUAGAAAAACUAUUCAGCAGAAGGACAUCAGACCGAACCGACAACUGGCGAAUGUUGCUGAAAUAGCGAAAAAACUCAGUCUUCAGGAAAGGAAGAGAGCAGAAGACAAGGGGAGCGUCUGUGAGAAACACCAGGAGCCCCUGAAGCUCUUCUGCAAAGACCAUGAAUCUCCCAUCUGCGUGGUGUGUGACAGAUCCAAGGAGCAUGAAAAUCACAAGGUGGUUCCUCUGGAGGAGGCUUCCCAGGAGUACAAGGAUCUGAUCCAUCAACAUCUGGAGAAUCUGAGAGAAGAGAGGGAGAAAAUUCUGGCAUACAAAGCAGACGCAAGAAAGGAGACCCAAUUCUUGCUUAAGCAAACAAAAGCAGAGAGGGAAAAGACAGCAGCUGCAUUCAGACAAUUGCACCAGUUUCUAGAUGAACAAGAGAAGCAUCUGCUGUCUCAGAUGGAAGAGCUGGAGAAAGAGAUUGCUAGGAAAGGGGUGGAGCACCUGACCAGACUCUCUGAAGAACUCUUCACUCUUGAAAGUAUCAUUUGGGAGAUGGAGAAGAAGCAGCAGCAACCAGCCAGCGAAGUCCUCCAGGAUAUCCGAAGCUUGUUGCUGAGGUAUGAGGAGAAGGAGAAGUUUGAGAAUCCUGUGGUUUUUUCUCCCGUUCUGAAAUUGAAGAUCUGGGACUUCCGCUAUAUAAAUCCCUUUCUGGACAGUAUCAUGAAGCAGUUCAAAGACACUCUAGUAUCUGGAGUUCAUGUUCAAAAAGCAAAUGUCACUCUGGAUCCAGACACAGCCCAUUCCGAACUCAACUUGUCCGAGGAUCGUAAAUGCGUGACAUGGGCAGGCGGCUUUCAAGACCUGCCCAACAAUCCUGAGAGAUUCGACUUCUAUCCUUUUGUGUUGGGAUGUCAUGGAUUUGCAGCCGGCAAACAUUUCUGGGAAGUCACUGUGGGAAGCAAGGGAGCCUGGGCUGUGGGAGUCGCCAGAAAGUCUGUCAGGAGGAAGGCCGGCGUUUUAUUUUCUUCCAGGCAAGAGAUAUGGACUGUGGGGAAGCUCAACGGCACGUACAAGGCUUGGGGUCCCUCUCAUUCGUUCCGCCUGUCCCUGAAAGGGGAACUCAAGAGGAUCCAGGUCUCUCUGAACUAUGAAGGGGGUCAGGUGGCCUUCAUUGAUGCUGAUACAAGAGCCCUGGUCUACACAUACUCAGCAGUCCCAUUCUCAGGAGAGACCCUUUUCCCCAUUUUUUAUGUGUUCGAUGAAGGCUGCCUGACUCUCUCCCCUUAAGGGUAGAGAGACGGAUGUGCUUCAUCUCCCUGCAGUUGCGACACAGGUACGACUUCCUCGUCAGGAUCAGAGGACUCUACUUUCUGUCUUUGAAGAGAAGUUGUAUUUGCAGAACAGUGAUUUGCUGGCCCUUGUGUCAGUCUUGAAGCAACUGCCCCCUCUCUGACUAGGUUGAUACACAGCACUGAUUGGCUAGUUCUUGUACCAGGAAAGUAAAAAAUAAGCCAAAGGCAAGGGCGGAACCAAGGAAUCUUAGAAUCAUAGAAUAGCAGAGUUGGAAGGGGCCUACAAGGCCAUCGAGUCCAACCCCCUGCUCAAUGCAGGAAUCCACCCUAAAGCAUCCCUGACAGAUGCUUGUCCAGCUGCCUCUUGAAGGCCUCUAGUGUGGGAGAGCCCACAA